AUGUUACUCCGAUCAUCCCUCCUAUCGCGAUGGCUCGCGCACGCGCAGCCCGAGCUCAUGCAAAGAUCGGCGAUGAAAGCCGCACCCGCGUCUCCAUGGCAGACUGUAUCCAUGUUCCACCGGCAGCCAUUUCUCAGCUCGCAAAUAGUAUCCAAGUCCAUGCGCCGGUCCUUGACAACGGCGGUCAACUCUACCGGCCGCGCUUUUCCACGUUCUCGGCUGGGACUGCGAUCGGUGCAGCUUCCCAAACAAAGGACAAAUCGGCGCUUCAACUCGGGAUCCUCGAGUAAGACGACCGAAGGGUCGAAAGAUGGCGGUUCGCUAUCGCAAAGGCUACGCAAUUUAUCCCGGGAAUACGGCUGGGCCGCGCUCGGUGUGUAUCUGACACUAUCGGCUCUGGACUUCCCGUUUUGCUUUGCAGCUGUGCGGCUGCUGGGCGUUGAGCGAAUCGGUCAUUUCGAGCAUGUGGUGGUACAGUCGGUGAAGAAUACAUUCCCAUCGAUUUGGCCGCAGCAAAAGACCGAAGAUGGCAGCGUUGUCGAGGCAGAGGAACCCAACUAUGAAGGAGCUAGUAUAUGGACACAACUUGCAUUGGCAUACGCUAUUCACAAGACUGUCCUUAUUUUCGUCCGAGUACCCUUGACAGCGGCAGUAACCCCCAAGGUUGUUAGAGUAUUGCGUAGUUGGGGAUGGAACAUUGGGCGGAAGCCCAAGACUCCCUGA